UCUCUAAACCCCACUUUCUCUCUCUAAAACCCUAGUCCUCUCCGAUCCUUCCCCAUUUCCCUCCAACUCCCACCGCAAUUCGGAUUUUCCGCUCCAUGUCCGGUGACGCUAGAGCUUUUAACUGCGGCGCAUCGCCUCCACGGGAGGCUGCCGGCGCAACGAACCGCCCGCCUGGAAGCGCCACCUGGCCCUUCGCGACGACGAAGCCGCCAUUUGCUCCGCUGGAUGAUUACCACAGCUUCUCCGCUUCCGACUCCAGGGGAGUCGCUGAUCAGGAGGAUGAGGCUGUCGUUGUUAGAUCUCUGUUUCAAAUGCAAAAGUUUACAACGAAGAUAGUCGAUAUGAUGAAAGCAGAAAGGUUAUACGAGUCUCAGGGUGGUCCAAUAAUUCUAUCUCAGAUUGAAAAUGAAUAUGGACCUAUGCAGUAUGAAAUUGGUGCUCCUGGUAAGGCCUAUUGUGAUUCCAAUAUAAAUUUUUUGCAGAUUAACACUUGCAACGGCUUCUAUUGUGAUUAUUUCUCUCCAAAUAAGGCUUACAAACCAAAGAUGUGGACAGAAGCUUGGACUGGCUGGUUUACUGAGUUCGGAGGUCCAGUUCCUCAUAGACCUGCUGAGGACAUGGCAUUUUCAGUUGCACGGUUUAUACAGAAAGGGGGAUCAUUUGUCAACUAUUACAUGUAUCAUGGGGGAACUAAUUUUGGUCGAACUGCUGGUGGUCCAUUCAUUGCUACCGGCUACAAUUAUGAUACACCUAUUGAUGAAUAUGUGUUGUCAUCAAUCCCAAUGAAGGAUUCUUGAGGAAUGGAAAGAAUCCUGUUCUUACAGUAUUAUCUGCUGGGCAUGCUAUGCAUGUUUUUAUCAAUAGUCAGCUGUCAGGUUAGUAGCAUACUUUUUAUUAUGUUUUAUUACUUUUUAUUAUGUGUCCAAAAUUAGGAAGUUAUAUAAUCUUCAGCCUUAAUAUCAUGAAUUUAAUGU